UGGCGACCGGAAACGUAAUCCUGGCUUCACGAUCUUUGUGUGCUUCGGACAAGGGGGUGCAUGGGUGAAACAUGGCCGCCGCAGACCCGAAGUCUCCGAAUCGACAGAAAACCCCCGCAGAGGAGGUGGACACAUCUGGGGAACAGGCCGCGGCGGCGAAGUCGGGAUGCAGCCCGAAACAGACGGAUGAGGCGGCGGGCGAGAAAAACGGGGUCUGCCCCAACGGUGAGCUCGGAGCCGAGGAUGUUGGCAGCAACGGCGGUGGCUCUGUUGCCAGCCAUUCUGGGGAGGUUGGUCUCGAGUCCGUUGCUGGAGCAGCAGACAAAACGACAUGCGUCUCACCGGAGGACCGUGCAGCGACCGAAAAAAUGGCCGAGGCCCUCGACAGCCAGCAGCAGGGUUUCGACUGGUCAGACCCUGAAGACGACGAGGAAGGGGCGAAAUCCCAGACGAAGGAAAAUUAUAAAAGUGACCUCAAAGUUGCUGAGACUGUUAACAACGUGAAGCAGGACGCUCCUGCUGAAGCAGAAUCAGAAAAGACUGACGAUGGGGAGAGUUCUCCAGAGAAGUUGGCAGUUGAGGACCUGCGGGGUGAAGUCGACGCCACGGAGGACAGGGCCGAUGACGACGAAGAGGCAGAUUCUACAGCUAAACAAAGAAGGUGCCGCUGGGAGUGCAAGGAGUGUGGCCAGAAGUUUAGCCAGCGCGAGAUGUUCAACCUUCACCGGCACUUUCAUGCGCACGAGGACGAGCUCCUGCCCCCGACCUGCAAAGAAUGUGGCCUUACCUUCCAGCACCGCAGCAGCCUCAUCAAACACAGGAACCAACACAAAGAAAAAGAGGAGACCCUCGAGACUACAAAGUUGGAGGACGAAAUGCGGGCUCCGUUUAGGUAUCAGUGCGCAGAAUGCAAGAGGAUCUUUUCUCAAGUGAGCAAACUGAGGGACCACGACUGCAACAAUGCAGCAGAAAAGCCUUACCAUUGCACUCUAUGCCGCCAAGAUUUCCAGUUCAAAGUAUCUGUUACCAAGCACAUGAUGAUGCAUUCCCGCGAGUGCACCUUUAAAUGCCAAGAGUGCAGCCAGACUUUCCCAAACAUCAUGUCCCUGCGCUUCCACCAGAAAUCCCAUGCUGCUCUUAAACCGUACGAGUGUCCAGAGUGCGGCAUGGCUUUCAAACACUACUCCGUCAUGGAAGACCACCGGCGCAAGCAUGUCGACAACAGCCGCUCUCACCUCUGCAACAUCUGCGGUAAGACUUUCAAGUACAGCAGCCUCCUCCAUCAACACCAGUACCUACACACUGGCCAGAAGCCUUUCCACUGCCCGGAAUGUGGCAAAAAAUUUGCUUUCGCCCAGAACAUGAAGGCGCACUGCCGCCAGCACAGGCUACGAGACACAAACUCAUCUGUUGAGCCGCCUGGAAAGCAGCCUCUCACUUCUGGACAUGAGGCAGCUAAAGGUCCCGAGAAGGAGAACACCCAUACGACUGAGGAUACAAAACGCACCUUCGGCUGCCCUCUGUGUCCCCAGACCUUCUAUGUUGCAGCUAACCUGAGAGCGCACAUGCAGUUCCACGAGGACGAGUAUGAAAAGCAAGAGAGGCUACUCCAAUAUCAAGUGGUUCCCAACAAGCACUGGGAGAAGGGACACACCUGCCCACACUGCCCCAGUGUUUUUCGGGAUGAGCCUGGUUUAAAAGGACAUCUGAUAAGUGUCCACAAGCCAACUGCACAGUAUUUAGAAACCUUAGCCGCACCAAAAAAGCAGCUUACUCAAAUAAGCAGCGAUAACACGCAAGGGAAGGUAUUAAAUAUUAAAUCCUACAAGUGCUCAGAGUGCGGGAAAUCAUUCCGGCACCGCUCGGUGUUAGAGCUGCACAUGCGAAUACAUUCCAAGGACAAGCCAUACCAGUGCAAAGUAUGUGGCAAGGGUUUUAGAUUCAGCAGCUACCUGCAGCAACAUCUCAUCAUCCACACGGGCAAGAAGCCGUACAAAUGUCCAGAUUGCGGGAAGGACUUUGCCUUCCUUCAGAACAUGAGGACUCACCAGAAGCUGCACCAGCAGAAGCCGUUCCGCUGCACCAGCUGCCGUAAAGGGUACAGCAGCGAGACCCAGCUCCAGCAACACAUGCUGUCGCAUAACGGCGAUAAGCCGCACAAGUGCGAGCUGUGUGACAAGAGCUUUGGCUUGGCAUACUUGCUCCGCGACCACAUGAAUACGCACACGGGGGAGAGGCCUCACCGCUGCGAGGAGUGUCACAAAUCUUUUUCCUGGUUCAGCAGCCUGCUGGUUCACCAGAAGAUCCACGCUCGCAAGAAACAGGGUCUAAGUCACUACAACUCCUACCCUUCCGGUACCAGGAUGAGAGGCAGGGGCAAAAGAGGAGGGAGGCCAGCGUGGGGGUGGUCGAGACCAUCCGGGGUCUCAGAGAUAGUCGCCUCUCCACAAAACCUUUACCCAGUUUCACCUCACAGGGACGCUGACUUGCACAGGCAAGUGCGUCAGCAGCCCUUGCGUACACGUGUGGAUUCACAAACGAGGCAUCUGACCGAGGCGUGGCCGUCUGAGCCGCACUCCCAAACGCUCCAGUGGAGCGUGGACAGUAGAGAAGCGCCUGCACCUUCUCAACCCCCACAAUAUGACACUCCAACGCAACCACAUCAUCAGAGGAGUCCAGGGUGGGCAGAUAUGCCCUUAAUGAGUCUUGGAUCGGCUCCGAACUUGGACUCCCACAUGAAGGACAGUACUUCUUCUGUCCUGGGCUCUCAUGUACCAAAAAAAACCAGCCCAUCGGCGGUUAGUGAGAUGACGCAACAGAGGCAGCAUAAACUGUCAUGGAAUAGCACACCAACAUCCACAGCCAUGGCCUCUACGAGCUCUUUGCAGCACGAUUUCCCCGUUCCCCCCUCCUAUAUGGACGGAGCAGCACUGUGGAGUGUCCGGCCCACUCCACUGACAAAUUCUCAGAGUUCCCCAAACAAGCUCAGCCAAGACCUGCAACUGCCAAGGUGGCCGGGCGGUGCUGAGCCGUCCACGCCUCCCAAGAAGGAGGAAAGACUGUGGGACAUCAGCGGUCCUCCAGUUAUGUCUUCGACUGUUACUCAGCCAGAAAAGACAUGGAAUGGCUGCGAGCCGCAGAAGCCGUGGGCAUCUGGCCUCGCAGUUGCCCCCGCCUCAGCUCAGAUAGACCAAAGCAGCUCCAUGCCAAUUUCAGCUCCCACCUCUCACGGGGUUGCCAACAACUUGUGGGACAUUCAAACGCCUCCAGGGGCUCCGAAGACUGUGAACUCUGUGGAAAAAUUAGUAAAUAACCAAGAAUUUCAGAAACAGGUGUCGCCCAGCUGGAGCAGCGUGCAGACCCCCACUCAGAAGGUCCCGAUCUCCAUCCAGUACGAGCCUCACCGUUUCAGUCAGGGGAUCGGAACUCCAGUGUGGGCCUUCCAGAACAACUCCGUCGGACCUCAGACUCUGCUUCCCGGCCAGCUCAAGCCAGGGGGCGGUCAGGAGCUGCAGCAGCAGCAACCAAUGGCAACGGCCGCUCAGAUAAUCAUAAACCAACCUUCUCCUUUUUUCUCCCCUCCGCUCGCCCCUCUACCUCCUCUGGCUUUGCCCGGCCCUCACCCCCUGCACUCUGUCGCGGUCGGUGCGAUGCCCAGACCUCCACACCCCAAUAUCUUUUUCACACCACAGCCGGUCAUGACUGAGAGACCACAUAUGCCGCAGACCCUGCCCCUACCUCAGCUCCCGCCGCAGACCGAAGCUCACAAACUCGGAUCCCGUCUGCCUUUUCCCCCGGAGCGGCUUCUCCAGUGCAUGAUCUGCGGGCUCUCACUUCCCCGUGAGCUGGAUCUACAGAUGCAUUACCUGCAACAUGCACAGGGGGAGAUAUGACAUUUCUACACUAGUAACAAAACUUAGUUAUGUUUUUAUAAUUGUCUGUAAAACCUCAUUCAUUUGACACUUUGCUGUUUUGAAUGGAAAUAAUACAAAAAGAGACAUAUGUGAAACUAGACCCAAUUUGCACAUUUGAUUUUAAAGUUUGUAAGACUGUGCAGUGUGUUUGAGUAGAGGAUGUACACGUGUGUUAAAUUGGUUUCACCGUCUUAAGAUCAUUUCAGCGGUCCAGAUUAAUGAGGUUCUGCAGGCUACAUUUCAUUUAUUGCCAAUGGCAUUUAGAUUUAGAUCUUAUUAGGAAGUUUUCUAGUUCAGUCCACAUGUCUUGAACCAUUUGUACUGUGUUUCUCCAUGUACAGUAUACGGUGUGCCUUUUAUGAGUACAGUCUGCAUGUCUGCUGUCUUGGUAUUCUAGGCCCUAGUUUGUGCUUUUAAAGUAGAGUAAACGGUGUGACCUCAUCCUGUUGAAGACAGCGCAACACAAAAUGUGCUGAAAAGAUUGGGGUUAUGAGGUAAAAUUUCUUUUAAAGCAUACAUUGACUUGCAAAAAUAUUUUUACCUCAUCUUUUUUUUUUUUUUUUUUUUUUGCAUUUUUGACACUUUACAACCAGAAACAUGAAUGCAUCUUUCUGGGAUUUUAUGUGAUAGAAAGUAUUAAAAAACUGCAAGGUGGAUCAUGAAUUAAUCCAAAUUACUUUUGGAGACAACAGAAUAAGCCUGACAAGGCACACCAGUUUAUUUAUUUGUAAAAACUUUGCAUCAUUUUACUGCCACUUUGUGGUUAUACGUUUUUUCUCAUAGCAUAAAAUCCUAAUGCUAUACGUUUAUGGUUGUACCGUGACAGGACGUAUAAAAAAUUAAAGGGGUAUGAAUAAUUUUGCAAAGCACUGUACAAAUGAAAGCUGCUGGCCUACCGGUGUAAUCUCUGCUAGAAAGUUCUCGUAUGCACACAGAGCCAUGGGCUGGGUCCAAAUGUCUUGCCAAUCAACACAGUAACCAUUGUGGGAAUCUGGCUGAAGCAAACUGUCAAUAACAAAACUAACCAUGUGUGAUUUAAAAGCUCCUUUUAUGUGAAAAGUUUUCAGUAAAAUGAAUCAUGAAUAUUUAGUCACCAUUAGGAAAGUAUGACACUGUUUGAAAGUGAGUUUUGUAAUAAACCAGAUUUCAAUUUGUGAUUUGUCUUCUGUUUUUUUCCAACAAUAGGACAAACUGGUGUUAAACUUUAGUCAAACUGAUCUUGUGUGAAUUAAACAGAAAUGUACCUAUAUUUAUAAAACCAAUUCCCACCUAUAAGUGUUUAAAUGUAUUUUUGUGAUCAAACAUUUCAUUCCAUGACUGUAGCUCUAGUCAAUUUCCGAUUCUCAUUUUCCCUGUUUUUAAAAAUGGAGUAGCUUCACUGGGACAUUCAGUCUGAAAACGUUUUACUGCUGUACAAUAAACACACAUUUAUUGUUUGUAAAAGAAUAAUUAUUCCCUUUCCUGUGCAUUCAUUGGUUACAAAACUGACCCUUCUACCUCUACCUGUGGUUUUAGCAUGGAAGUUUCUCCCAUCAUGUCCUUACAUUGGAUUAAAUAAAACCUGCCUUUGAUUAU